AAGAUAAGGGGAUGAUGGUGCCAUUGUUGUUGUUAUUAUUGUGGUGGAAUGCCGCAAAAAAAAAAAAAUAGUUGCAUGAAUUCUUUUUAACAUCUUUUACUUUUUCUUUUUCCCUUUUCUUUAUUUCUUUUAUAUCUCUCUCAUAAAAACAUGGGUUAAAGAAGUAUCUACUACAAACCAUUUUCGGAUAUACAUUUAACAGAAUGUGACGCUUUCCGACCACACAAAGACGAUUCAACAACGGACUUUUUUUUUUUCUUCCUUCCUCUCUCCCUUUCUCACUAUUUUUUUUUUUAUUAUUAUUAUUAUCAAAUUCCCUCCAUGGCACAAGCUAAUGAUGACCAAAGUGGUGAUGAUGCAGCAACAAUGACUCAACCCAACACUGCAGCUUCCGUCGUAUCUGCACCAAAUAUACACCCAACCAGCCAUUCCAGCAACUACAAUAAUGAAAACAAGGAUGGUAAUGAUGCAAGAACGUCUCAUUCAAUGGGAGAAGAACGUAUUCAUGACUAUACCCUUCCAUUCCUCGUGCGUACUAAAACAAAUCAAGAAAAGGAUCAAAUUAGGUCAGAAUAUCAUUUACAACUACAACAACGACAACAAGAAGGUCAACCCUCUCUAUCACGUUUACCCACCGGGGGAUCAUUACAAAAAUGGGAAAAGCGACCUAUCAUUGGCUGGAUCAUCCGAGGUUAUCGUAAACUUUCCACUUCUAUUUUGUUGGAAAAUAAAGCAAGUGUGGCAAGAGACCAUUUAGCAAAUGAAAGAACAUUUUUAGCUUGGUUACGAACAUCUCUUGCUUUGAUUACUGUUGGCGUAGCCAUCACUCAACUAUAUCAUUUGAAUCCAUCACCUAGUAGUAAUGAUAUAACAGGACGUGCUUUAGGUGGAACUUUUGUAGCAUUGAGUAUUGUGUUUUUAUACUUUGCCAAUGCAAGAUAUUUCCAUGCUCAAUUUGCUUUAACUCAAGGACAAUUUCCAGCAAGUAGGGGGGCAGUUUUACUCGGUUCGAUAUGCGUUUUAGCUGUACUACUAGCUAUGUUUAUUGUUAUUGUUACAGAAAGACGUUGAUAUUCAAGAUUAUCUGUGGUUGUAGAAUUUUAGUUUCAUCCUAUGGAUGAUUGAUAGAUACCUUAUUUUAUUUUUUUUUUAUGUUGUUAGUAGG